AUGGCAUCCGGUGCUUCACGAAAUGUCAGGUUUCAGAACGAGAUCGAGGUUCAGAGCUUCAGAACAAGCCCUCUGCUGCAGAACCUCAGCAGCAGAAAGCACGGCAAAGCUCACGAUCCCAGGAAAUGCCGGCAGGGUUUCCGCGGCGGCUGCCUGGAGAAGGCGUGCCGGAACCCGACGCUGAAGGACAGGGUGCUCUCGCGCGCCUUCUCGGAGGAGCUGGAGUCCCUGAUGCACGCCGGCAGCGGCAGCCACCUCUUCUUCGACCCGCGCGGGCACCUGAUCCACCUGUGGAACAAGAUCUUCCUGUCCGCCUGCCUGCUGUCGCUGUUCGUGGACCCGCUGUUCCUGUACCUGACGGGCACGCAGCGGAGCAACGUGUGCAUCGAGUUCAGGUACUCGCUGGCGCUCACGCUCUCCAUGAUCCGCUCGCUGCUGGACCUCUUCUACGCCGCGCACAUCCUGUUCCGCUUCCGCACCGCCUUCAUCGCGCCGUCUUCGCGCGUGUUCGGGCGGGGCGAGCUCGUCAUCCAGCCCUACAAGAUCGCCAGGCGGUACCUUGGCCGGACGUUCUGGUUCGACCUCGUCACCGCGCUGCCCCUGCCGCAGUUGGUGAUCUGGAUCGUUAUACCGAAGCUGAAUGAGUCCCCGACGGCGAACAGGAAGAGCAUCCUCCGGUUCAGCAUCAUCUUCCAGUACCUCCCGCGGCUGUUCCAGAUCUUCCCGCUCUCGAGCCAGAUCGUCAUGGCGACGGGCUUCAUGGCGGAGACGGCGUGGGCCUGCGCCGCGUACAACCUGAUCCUCUACAUGCUCGCAAGCCACGUGCUGGGAGCGCUGUGGUAUCUCUUCUCGGUGCAGAGGCAGGAGGCGUGCUGGAGGGAGGCGUGCCUUCUCGAGAGCCCGACGUGCCAGACCAUGUUCUUCGACUGCAAGGCGUUGAGCAGCAACAGGACCAUCUGGUAUGAGCUGAGCAACAUCACAAGCCUGUGCACGCCGGGCAACGGGUUCUACUCGUUCGGCAUCUACGAGGAGGCGCUGCAAGUCAAGCUCACGUCGUCGUCCUUCACCCAGAAGUACUUCUACUGCUUCUGGUGGGGACUCAAGAACCUGAGCUGCUUAGGACAGAAUCUGUCGACGAGCUUGUUCAUCGGUGAAAUAACCUUCGCGAUCGUCAUCGGCGUUCUUGGGUUGGUGCUGUUUGCCCUGCUCAUCGGCAACAUGCAAUCUUAUCUCCAAGCAACGAUGGUGCGGCUGGAGGAGUGGCGGACGAAGCGGACGGACAUGGAGCGGUGGAUGCACCACCGUCAGAUCCCCCAGCCGCUGAAGCAGUGCGUGAGGAGGUACCACCAGUACCAGUGGGUGGCCACGCACGGCGUCGACGAGGAGGCCCUGCUCCAGGACCUCCCCAUGGACAUCCGCCGCGACAUCAAGCGCCACCUCUGCCUGGACCUCGUCCGGAGGGUGCCCCUGUUCGACGAGAUGGACGAGCAGAUGCUGGAGGCGAUCUGCGAGCGGCUGAGGCCGGCGCUGUACACGCGCGGCACGCGGCUGGUGCGGGAGCUGGACCCCGUCGACUCCAUGCUCUUCAUCAUCCGGGGCUACCUCGACUCGUACACGACGCAGGGCGGGCGGACCGGCUUCUUCAACUCGUGCCGCAUCGGCGCCGGGGAGUUCUGCGGGGAGGAGCUCCUGACGUGGGCGCUGGACCCGCGGCCCUCGGCGAAGCUGCCGCUGUCCACCCGGACCGUGCGCGCCGUGUCCGAGGUCGAGGCGUUCGCGCUCGUGGCCGACGACCUCGGCUUCGUGGCGUCGCUGUUCCGCCGCCUGCACAGCGCGCGCAUCCGCCACAGGUUCCGCUUCUACUCGCACCAGUGGCGCACGUGGGCCGCCUGCUUCAUCCAGGCCGCCUGGCGCCGGCACAAGCGGCGCCGCGCGUCCGUGGAGCUCAGGGUGCGCGAGGGCGGCGAGGUGCGGACCGGGGGCAGCUUGAGGCGGUCCCGCCGACACAGCGUCGACGGCAAGGCGUCGAUUAAGAAGCCCAUGGAACCGGACUUCACGGUGGAAGAAGAGGACUGA